AUGGAGCAGGUCUCGCCCCAAGACGCAGAAUCAUGGCCGACAGAACAAUACAUUCCCCGUUAUCAACAAUGGCCCUACACAUCCGAGGACUUCAAGCGCCAAGACGAAUCCCCCGACCCUGCAUUCUAUGAUGCACCACGCCUUGUUACACAUAUCGAUGAUCAUGCGAUUGAAAGCCUCAAGCGCUACUACCUUCGCAAUAUUCCGCGGAAGGGCAGGGUCCUUGAUCUCUGCACAAGCUGGGUGAGCCAUUUCCCACCCGAGAUAAAAGAGCAGAUACAGAAGGGGGAGUUGCAGGUGGUGGGCAUUGGGAUGAAUAAAAAGGAGAUGGAUGCGAAUCCUUGCUUGAACGGUGGCAGGAUCGAAUUAGACUUGAACACGAGUCCCGAGUUUCCUACCUCUCCCGACAGGCCGACUCCCGAGCUUUUCGACGCAGCCGCAUGCGUCGUCUCAAUCGAUUAUCUCACGCUACCGAAAGAAGUGCUGGCACACCUGCGAUCUGUUACGAAAGAAGGUGGAAAAGUGCAUCUCGUCAUCAGCGACCGGUGUUUUCCAACCAAAGCUAUUGGUAGGUGGUUGCGGAUAUCGCCUGAUGAGCGACUCCAGAUGGUCGGUGACUAUCUUUGGUUUUCUGGCUGGAGGGAUAUUGAGAUUGUGGACUUGAGCACGAUGGAGGAUGCCCAGGGUGGCAGCCGAGUCGAUGCAGCGAUUCAGUGGAUGGGAAUGCAGACUCAUGAUCCGCUUUGGGUUGUGAGGGGGGUAAAUCCAUGUGGAAGGGAAGGCCAGGUGUCUAAUUAG